AUGUUCACUGCGUGUGAGGUGGUGGUUAUGGGGGUGUGGGGAGAGGUGCUGGUCUCCUUGGUGCAGUUGCCGGGGCGCUCCUACUGCCAUGGUGCUCUGCAAGAAAAACAAGAGCCUGGCGGUGCUGAGCCACGAGUUCGUUAUUCAGAACCACGCGGAUAUCGCGUCCUGCCUGGUGAUGUGCCUCCUGCUGGGGCUCGUGUUAGAGGUGGCGUUCAAUUGCCCAUAUCCAUGAGACCAUUCAAAAAAACAAUAACCAAGUACACCAUCAUCUUUAUUGCUGUGCAGUACAAUGUCACCUAUACCACUGAUGACAACAGCGAGCAAUUUCAUUUUUAUGACUCUGGUCCAAAAGACAUUGCCACAAUCUUCUUCUACAUGCUCAUAGCUAUUAAUCUGCAUGCUGUAAUCCAGGAGUACAUAUUAAAUCUUUCAGGUAAAAUUCUUCUAUAUUUGCCAGAUAGCUUACUGGCUUCAUGCACUGCCAGAGCUCUACUUUCAAAAGAUCCAGAAGGAAGAUAUUCCGAGCCAGCUGUGUUAUAUUUGCCUUUACAGUGUUCAUAUCUCUGGUGCCUAUAUAUUAAAUUUGCAGCAUUUGGGGCUAAUUCUAAUGGUACCUCACUACCUAGUGGAACUCAUUUUUCAUGCUUCACGUCUUUUCUACUUCAGUGGUGAAAACAAGCGAAAAGGAUUUACCAUUUGGGCUUUACUUUUUGUAAUGGUGCAUCUUUUGACCCUAACUUUAUCUGUACUCACAUUUGGAUUUGGGCUGGCAAGAAUAGAGAACCCGCAUUUUCCCAUAACAGACGGAAACUUCGAUGUAUUUCCUA